AUGGGAGGGGUAACAUCAUCAAUGGCAGCAAAAUUUGCUUUCUUUCCUCCAAACCCACCAUCGUACAAGCUAAUAACCGAUGAAUUAACUGGUCUAUUGUUACUCAGCCCAUUUCCUCACCGUGAAAAUGUUGAAAUCUUGAAAUUGUCGACGAGGAAAGGUACAGAUAUAGUGGCUAUCUAUAUAAGGCAUCCUUUGGCUACUUCUACUUUGCUUUACUCCCAUGGAAAUGCUGCCGAUCUGGGUCAGAUGUAUGAGCUCUUCAUUGAGUUGAGCAUCCACUUGAGGGUCAAUCUCAUGGGGUAUGACUAUUCUGGGUAUGGGCAAUCGUCCGGAAAGCCAAGUGAGCAGAAUACAUAUGCAGAUAUUGAAGCUGCAUAUAAGUGUCUAGAAGAAAGCUAUGGUACUAAGCAGGAAGACAUAAUCCUUUAUGGGCAGUCUGUUGGAAGUGGCCCCACAUUGGAUCUUGCUGCUCGACUUCCUCAGUUACGGGCUGUUGUUCUGCAUAGUCCCAUACUCUCAGGGUUAAGAGUCAUGUAUCCUGUUAAGCGUACAUACUGGUUUGACAUUUAUAAGAAUAUUGACAAAAUUCCACUAGUUAAUUGUCCUGUUCUUAUCAUGCAUGGAACUUCAGAUGAAGUUGUCGAUUGCUCCCAUGGUAAGCAAUUGUGGGAAUUGUGUAAAGAAAAGUACGAACCACUUUGGCUUAAAGGAGGGAACCAUUGUGAUUUAGAGCACUAUCCAGAGUAUAUCAGGCAUCUGAAGAAGUUCAUAUCAACUGUUGAGAAAUCUCCUUCUCAAAGAUACAGUUCUAGGAGAAGUACAGACCAGUUCGAGCAGUCUCGGAAGAGUACUGAUGUAUUUGAGGUUUCCAGGAAAAGUACAGAUCGAAGAGAGAAACCAAGACAUAGUACCGACAGGCUCGAGAAACCAAAAACUCAAUCUAAUCAUGCCGACAAGCUAGAAAAACUUAAAAAUCUGUCAAAUAAUGCUGAUAAGCUAGAAAAGUUAAGGAUCUCCUUUGAUCAAAUGGAAAGAUCUCGGAGGAGUGUUGACUGCCAUGAAAAAUCCCGGAAAAGCAUUGACCACCAAUUGGAAAGAGCACGGAAAAGUGUUGACAGGUUGGAAAGAAUACGGACUGGUUGA